AUGCACUAUGAACUAUUAGAGGGUGUACCUAAAGACUAUAUCUCUGAUCUAUGUAUAGUGGAAGGAUAUCCACAUGUGAUCGCUACGGCAUGGGACGGUAGCAUCUCCAUGUUUGACUAUAAUUCAAGAAAACGUUUGGCACAGAUGCGCCAUGAAUAUCCGUUGCUCUCAACCACAUGGACCGUAGGAGGGAAAAAAUAUGUAGGAAGUGUUCAAGGUGAAUUGUUGGAAGUUGAUCUAGAGUCAGAGAGAUUUGAUAGAGUAUUCAAUGGGGCUCAGUUGGGAAUAUCAGCGCUGUGUUCGCGUGCCCACGAUGUGAUAGCGGGCUCUUGGGAUGGUACGAUAGAAGUGAUGGACUCCAGAUCGAACAACAUAUGGUUCAGAAGUGAGAUAAAUGGACACAAAGUACUUCAAUUGGACUGCAAAGAGAAUACGGUAGUGGCAGCAUGUACACAAGGCAAAGUGAAGAUUUACGAUCUACGACAAAUGGAGAAUCCCAUUACACAUGAUUCGGGUCUUAAAUUUCAAACAAGAGACAUCAAGCUAAUGCCUCAUGGAAAAGGUUAUGUACAAAGUUCCAUCGAUGGACGUGUGGCUGUUGAGUACUUUAAAGACGAUGAGUCGCGAUUCGCCUUUCGAUGUCAUCGGAUGAACCUCGAGGAUGUUCAAUUGGUCUUUCCCGUUAAUUCUGUAUGCUUCAAAAAUGACUCAAGUAUGCUUUACACAGGUGGUUCUGAUGGUAAAGUUUUUUCGUGGAACCUGUCGACAAGAAAAAAGUCGGAAGAAUUACCAAAGCUCGAGGACAGCGUUCUGAAACUAGCAUGUGAUGGCGAAAUGUUAUGUAUGGCCACAGGGGAUGAUUCAUUUAAGACACUGCCGACAGCGCAAGAUAUAGAGCUGCAAGCGAGCAAAAUCUAUGUUGCAAAGCUAUAG